AUGUGGUCGACAACAACGUACAGUAUACCACACACUAUCGCAAUUUUGGCGGUGUCAGGAACCAUCUUGGGGAUGGAUAUAUCAUCUAUGUCGGUUUUUCUGGGCAUGGACUAUUUCAACAGGUUUUUCAAAAAUCCCGGUCCCAUCUCCCAGGGCAUGAUGACUGGUGCAAACCCAGUGGGAGGAUUUAUUGGAUGCGUGCUUUUUGGGUUUCUGACAGAUAAAAUGGGCCGUGUUUCGACCUUCCAAUUGGUGGCGUCAACUUGGAUUGUGGGAUCGAUUAUCUCUGCUUUGGUGGUGAACGUGGCAAUGCUUGUCGCCGGCCGACUGGUGCGCGGCGUGGCUGUGGGUUUGUUGUCAGUUUUGUUGCCAGUUUAUAUCGGAGAAGUGAUACCGCUGGAUAAAAAGGGUAGAGCCACCUCCAUCGUGCAAUUUGCACUGACAUUGGCAAUUUUGGGCACCUUUACUAGCUGCUUUCUUCUCAAUUUCUUGGAGACCCAUGUUUCGUUUCGCGUUGCUUGGGGAUUAGAACUGGUUCCGGCACUGAUAUUCCUGUUACUAAGCUUCAAACUCAGCGAAUCUGCUGAAUGGCUAGUAUCACAAGGCGAGUAUGAUCGUGCUCAGACUAUAUUCCAAAAUUUCAACAAGGAUGAAAACCUUAAGAACAGCUUCACAAAAAUUGAUCUGGUGGAGACUUACGGUCAUCAGAAAAUGAAAUGUUUGGAUCUGUUCUCUAAAUCGCUUUUGAGCUACACCUUUGUUGGAAUAACAGUACAGGUUCUGGUGCAAACGUGUGGCAUAAACAUUUUAAUGUUUUACGUGGUCUACAUUUGCGAGAUGAUUGGCCUGCGGGGAGCGGCCAAAUUAAGCGCUGCUUCUGUUCCGUAUCUCAUAAAUGUUAUCUUUACUUGUGUGCCAAUCUUAACCUUGGAUCGCCUUCGUCGAAAGUUGGUCAUUGUUUAUGGAGCUAUUUCACUGGGAUGCACUAUGGCAUUGAUUGGAAUUCUAAUGGGGACAUUGGGCAAUGAAGUUGCACCGGUUAACGGCAAUAGUACUGUUGUGUGGGAAAUAACGGGGACUCCCGGCUUGAUAAUAUUAGUCCUGUGUUUUUUGUUCGUUGCCAUAUUUGCAUCCACGCUCUCCUGCUGUGCUUGGCUUUAUACCAAUGAAGUUUUGCCCACUCCUGCAAAAUCAACAGGGAUGGCUCUUUGCAUGGCGACUAGCUGGUUUUUGAAUUCUUGUCUUACCUUUGCAGCUCCAAUGCUCCUCAGUAAAAUCAAAUGGGUAACUUUUGUUUUGUUAGGAGCAGUCACCUUGAUAUUGUCCGCCAUCAUUGCAGCAUGGUUUCCAGAGACUCGAAAGACAACUAGACCAAACCUUCAAUCACCAGGACAUUAUUCGGACAAAGACGAAAAUGACAGUGUAGGUGGUGAGGCAAUAUCUAAGUCUUCAGCGCCUUCUCCCCUGGUUUAUAAAAAUAACGACACAGAGCUCCAUUAA